GCCUGUGGAACGUGUCAUUUUAUUCCACCAAACGGAGUUUCCCGAAGAGGAACGGACCUUGCCUUGUGAACCUGCCUGUUUGGUACUCUUCUGAAUGGUAAAGCACUGCCUGCUCCUGUAGUUUGUGGGUCGAUGACAGUGUGUGUCGAACAGCUGAUAUCCCUAACCCUCAUGCAGUAACAUGCUAUCAGGAUCUUGCAUGCUGAAACAGCACCUAUUCAGCAGUGGGGCAAAGCCACCUGCUGGGGACUGGCCCUGCUCAUUUUGCCUUGGGCACAGCACGCUGCUGGGGCUGUAAAGAAGGCUCAGCAAAGAGCACAGAGCCUGGGAAAUCGUGGGAAGUGAGCUCGUUGGGGAAAAAGCUGCAGCAAAAGAACAUUUUUUAAUAUUGGUCUGACCCCAGCCAAAGCUGCUACUGCUUUUUCUCAGGUGCUGAGUUCUCGCAGCACACUCUUAGCUGGGAUGGCUGCCUCGGGUUUGUGAGCUCGGUGCCUGUGUCUAGCAGCGAGGCCUGUUCCCCGGGCACUGCCUCUGGAGCUCUUUGAAGAGUAAAUACUGUCGCUUUUCUGGCAGGUCUCCGCUCUGUCCUCUCUUUCUGGCGGUCUGCAGCGUGGGGAGCUCAGCAAGGCGCAGCUCUGCCUUGUUGACAUGCAGUGUCUUCCCUUGUCCCUGCAGUACGGGGCACGGAACACGUGUUCCAUAAGCAGCUGGAGGGAGCAGGCUCGCUGCUGUGCACCUGCUCUGGCGCGUUCCCUUGCCUCUGCCUUUCCCUGUCUCUCCGGGGUCCCAUUGCUGCAGAGUAGGGAGCAGCAUGCGGAGCUGGAGCCGUCUGAUUUCAAGUGUGUCAGUACUAGGCCAACCAGGGAUCAGAUGGAUCGAAUGGUGCUGGUUACCUCCAGGCAUUAAGGAAACUUGCUCCCCCUGGAAAUCAUUUCAUCUCUGUCCUCAAAAAUGGCCUAAAACACUUGUCCUGCAGCACUGCCGCCAGUUCUUAAAUCCCCGUUAGUUUCUCCUUUGCGUUUUGUCUGUCGACAGUUCUGCUGAGGUUAAAUUUAUUUUUGUUUUCUUUCCCUGCCUGCCUUUCAUUAGUGAGACAUUUUUAUGAUUUUUCAGCAUUUGUGGCGCUUUUGUAAAGCGUGGUUUAACGGUAUAUGCUGUUAAUGCAACAAAUGCUGCCUCACUUUUCUGCAUGUGCCUGGAGGGAGCAAAACUGGACCGUUGCCCAGCACGUCCCAGCAUGUCCCUCUUGCCCUGUUGUGCUAAUCCCUAGGCAGGCGCUUGUUGGAGACAGGCUGUGGUGUUUGUUCCCGGUGCUGGCUGGGAAGCAGAGCAGGCGUUGGGAAGCGGGGAUGGGAGGCCAGGAGGAGGACCUCGGGGGGGCUGACCCAGAUCUCUGCCCCUGCCCGAGCGGUGGGGUGUCCGGCUGCACUUUGAACCCCGGGGAGGGUGGCGGGCGCUCUGCCCGCCCGCGGUGUUUGAGGUUUGGCCCACGUCAGAUCCGGGCUGAGUCGGCUAUGGUGAGGAGAUACAACGCCAGCACGGGGGCAGCGCCUUUUGACUCCCUGCAGGUGGCUGACAUCGGCGACGUGAACGUGAACCUCUACAACCUACCCGACAGCUGCCGCUUCAUCCGAGAGUCCUACCAGAAGAUCGUGGCCUCCGGCUGUGUGCCCCUCACCUUGGGUGGAGAUCACACCAUAACCUACCCCAUCCUGCAGGCUGUGGCAGAAAAGCAUGGUCCCGUGGGACUGGUGCAUGUGGAUGCUCACACCGACACCGGGGACAGAGCCCUGGGGGAGAAGAUCUACCACGGGACCCCAUUCCGGCGCUGCGUGGAGGAAGGGCUGCUGGACUGCAGCCGCGUGGUGCAGAUCGGCAUCCGAGGCUCCUCUUAUGACCCUGACCCUUACCAGUACUGCCGGGAACAGGGGUUCCGGGUGGUCCUGGCUGAAGAGUGCUGGCUGAAGUCCCUGGGGCCACUGAUGGAGGAGGUGAGGAAGCAGAUGGGGGAGCAGCCGGUGUACAUCACUUUUGAUAUCGAUGGGCUGGACCCUGCCUAUGCCCCUGGCACCGGGACACCGGAGGUGGCUGGGCUCACACCCGCACAGGCUCUGGAGAUUAUUCGUGGCUGCAAAGGACUGAACUUAGUGGGAUGUGACCUCGUCGAAGUCGCACCCAUGUACGACGUCUCUGGGAAUACAGCCCUCCUGGCGGCGAAUCUACUGUUCGAGAUGCUGUGCGCCCUCCCCCGAGUGCAGACAGUGCGAGGGCAGCUCCCACCUGCCCCAGGGGCAACGCGGCUCUGACCCUGGCCAUGGCUUUCGGGUCCCGUUCCCCUUGACUGGUUGCAGUCAACGUGGGCUUUGCAGUGAGGAAUAAAUGCCACUUGCUACUAAAAAAGGUAAUUUUAAGCUGAGAAACUGUUAAGUAAAGUAGCAGAUGGGUUUGAACAGCCCAUUUUAACAAGGGUGGCUGUAGCUUUUGAGUUUGCCUGGGAAAGGAAAAGAUGAGGCUAAUGGUGUUUCACCUGUGCUCUCACCACUGGAAUCGCUCACCUGGCUCUUAGGGGGGCGCAUGGCAGAACCGCCACGGGUAAAAAGUUUCUCCCAUUAAGAUGCAGCAGCAGGACAAUGAACGCAGAGGAAGGGAGAGCAGCCGCAGGUGGCCUGGGACUUGUUCUGAGAACAGGGGGAUACCCGACUCAAUUGCCUGCGGGGAUAACCAGGCAUCUCCUGCAGCAGGAGCAGUGUAAUUGCUCUGGGAGUUUCUGAGCUGACGCGGAGGUGAGGUUAGUUUGUACAUGGAAACACAGAGCCACCUCAUCACACAUUAAAAUAGUUUAUUUUGGUUGCGAA